AUGUUCCAACACCAAUCUCACGAUCCGAGCUUCCUCAAGUCCAAGGCAGGGAAGGACUUCCGCUUCGCUCUUCCGGGAUUCAACCGGCCGCUAGACUUUGCUCCGAUGGAGAAAAACAUCUACGGUGUGGAAAGCCGGAGCAUGUUCCCAUCUGCCCUGGAUGAUAGAGACAUUCAAGCAGGAUUGGUGGACCUGCCCGUCUUGACCCUCCGUGAGAUGCAUAUGGUAGAGUUCAUGGAGCAACUCACUGAUAUUCCUGAGUGGUGGAAAAAGGUCUUUGAGCCCGGCACACAAGAUGAGUGGAAAAAGGCCGCCCUAAACAGUGGCAAAGACAUUACACUCAACAUGGCUGAGUGGAUCAUUGACGAGCUUCAAUUCAAAGCCAUGGUCUACGAGACCACAGAGGUGGUCGCCCUGUACAACGGCGAUGUCACCAAGUCCGAUACAAACCUGCCUAGUCCGCUCUUCGAAGAGAUGAGAUCCCAGUUCGCGGUGCUAGAGUACGACCUGGAACCAAUGCAGUUCUUCCAUACAGGCGUUCUAAGCCAAGAGCGUGACCUCAUUUCCAUGGCAUUGUACCCGCUGCUUUACGGAAAGACCCGCAUUCUCACCGACAGGAUCAUUGGGCUCGAUGACGCCCUCAGGUACAUCGGCCAGGGCGAAGUGAUCCCAGUUCCCAAAGAGACUGGAAUAACCAGAGAAGACAUUGCCUGGCGCGUCUUGGCCCGGGCAGAUAUCAAGGUUCGGCCCUACAGCCGGAAAUACCAGGUCCUUCCUUCGGAUUGGGAAUUCGGCGAUGAUGGACAAUGGCACAUAGCCUCAUACAUCAAUAACCUGCACCCGGUCAAACACCGGAACAUCUACAAGAUCCUGGAGCAGACUUUCAAUCGCAUCAUUUCCCAGUGGAACGCAACUUUGACUCCCCUCAAAGACAUGCUCCAUUCUCGUGCCCGAAUCGAGUAUCACAAGGCGGAGUAUUACCCAGUCCCAAAGGAAAUCGCUGCCCAGACACCUCAGAUUCAUCCAAAAGAGGCAGAGAGUGAGUUUGAGGAGCGCACGGAGAAAUGGAGAAUGGAGAACUACCGUGCCAUCCAACCCGACGCGGGCAAGUUCAUUCCCUGGGCAGUCCCACCCUGGUUGAUGGACAAACUGCCUGAGGAUUUGCCCAGCGCCGUUCGGAUUGAACGAGGCGUCGAUCUCAACCGGGACUACAAGGAUCGUGGACUGCAGGUGAUCACACGUAUUCUAGGCAUUGAUCUAACUCCGGAGAAACCGACUUUUGAGACAGACUGGCAUGUUGAGGGAACGAUGAACGAGCACAUCUGCGCCGCGGCAUUCAUACCAUACGAUCACCUCAAUGUAGUCGAUCCGACCAUGCAAUUCCGCAACAUGGCAGAAUCAGACACCCUCACCGAAAUCGAGCACGAGCCAAACGAUUUCAUCUGGCUGCGGCAAGUCUUCGGCAUGCAAAAUGGCGAGCCGGCUAUCCAAUACCCAGGCUCGAUUUGCGCCAAUGUAGGCCGAGUCGUCAUGUACCCGAGCACUGUAGAACACAAGUUCACGCGCUUUGAGCUAAAGGACAAGACUAAGCCUGGACACUCGCGCGCCUUGGUGUUUUUCCUUGUCGAUCCUAACCUCCGUAUCAUCUCCACGGCCAAUGUCCCGCCGCAGCGUGUGGAUUGGACUAAAGAGAUGCCCGGGGACGAUGUCAAGGAGGGCUUACAAAAGCUAGCCCUUGAUAAUAUGAAGUCCAAGGGUGAUAUGCCGAUGAGCCUGGAAGAGGCCUUGGAGACGAGGACUAAGGUUUUGGAGGAAAUGGAGGAGUUUACUCGCUAUCAGCAUGUGGCUUUUGAGUCAAAUGUUUUGAUGCUUUAA